GGGCAGCGCCGGUCCCCGGGCUCGGGCGAAGUGCGGCUCGCCCGGCGGCCCCCGGUGCCCGGAUGUCCGUCAGGCUCGGCGCGAGCCGAGGCUCCGGGGGGCGGAGGCGGCGCUGAGGACGCGGAGCCGAGGACGCAGCGGCCGGGAGCUGAGCGUCCGCGCGGCUGGGGCGUCCGCGAGGCAGCGUCGCCGACGGCUGCGGUCGAUGCUGAGCGCGGCGCGGGCAGGGGGCCCCGCGGGGCGAGGGCUCUGAUGGACUCGGGACGCCGGGCUGUGUGAGCCGAGCCAUGGCAGCCCACUCCAGCUUGUACAAUGAAGACAGAAACCUGCUUCGCAUUAGAGAGAAGGAAAGACGCAACCAGGAAGCUCACCAAGAGAAAGAGGUGUUUACCGAGAAGACCCCGCUGUUCGGAGAGCCCUACAAGACUGCCAAGGGUGAUGAGCUGUCGAGUCGGAUACAGAACAUGCUAGGAGACUACGAAGAGAUGAAGGAGUUCUUGAGCGCCAAGCCUUGCCCUCAGCGCCUGGACGGUUCCGAAGACAGGCCAGGGAAGCCGAGAUAUCCUUCAUUUCACGACAGGGGGAGCAGCCUUGCAUCCAGCUCCUUCCGCACCCACGUCUACCACCACCACCACCACCACCAGCCUGUCCAUGCGUCUUCUGCCCCGGGAUCACUUUCUGUUGGUAACAUUAGCCACAGUCCGAAGAUGGCACCGCCCAGGGUGGAAUCAGUGCCAGGUCUCCAUGCCAAACACUAUGGCCCGCCCGACAGCCAGCGUCUGACUCAAGAUCACCUCAGUCAGGAGGGACACUGUUCCAGCCACAGAAAGUGUGACCGCAGAGCUGACGGGGGUGACUCAGCUCCGGAGAUGAAGCUCUCACCCUUGAUCUCCUCUCUGCCGUCCCCAGUGCCACCCCUGUCACCUGUACAUUCCAGGCUGCAGGGACCCAGCAAGGGCCGCAGCGGUGGCAGCGGUGGCGGCGGUGGCGGCUCUAUCAGUAAAAGCUACUGCGCAGCCACGUCUUCCAAGGACCUGGUGGCGAAGGUCCAAGAUAACGAGACUGCCCACGACAGUUUGGUGGCAGUUACCAGCCUUGGGGUAGCCCCUCCUCAGACAUUUCCACCCCCUCCUCUCCCCUCAAAAAGUGUUGCAAUGCAGCAGAAGCCCACGGCCUAUGUCCGGCCCAUGGACGGUCAGGAUCAGGCUCCCAACGAGUCGCCUGAGCUGAAGCCGCCACUGGAAGACUACGGUCAGCAGAGCUUCGAAAAACCAGACGUAAAAGUGCCUGCCAAGGCCAAGCUCACCAGACUGAGGAUGCCCUCGCAGACAGUGGAGCAGACGCUCUCCAAUGAAGUUCACUGUGUUGAAGAGAUUCUGAAGGAAAUGACCCACUCGUGGCCCCCUCCUCUGACAGCCAUACACACACCCAGUACAGCCGAGCCAUCCAGAUUUCCUUUCCCUACAAAGGAUCCUCUGCACGUCAGUACUGCAAUCCAAAGCCAAAAACAAUAUGAUACGCCUUCCAAAACCCAUCCCAGUUCCCAGCAAGGAACAUCCAUGCUCGAGGAUGACCUCCAGCUCAGCGACAGUGAAGACAGCGACGUUGAACAAGCUGCAGAGAAGCCUCCAUCCCCACCUGCGCCUCCAAGCGCUCCGCCGACGCUUCCCGAACCAGUGGUGGUGUCAGCGCAUUCCAGCAGUACUGAGUCGGAGAGCAGCGCGUCAGACAGCUCCUCGGACUCAGAGAAUGAGAGCAGUUCCAGCGACAGCGAGGAGAACGAGCCCCUAGAGACCCCGGCUCCCGAGCCUGAGCCUCCGACAACAAACAAAUGGCAGCUGGACAAUUGGUUGACCAAGGUCAGCCAGCCGUCAGUGCCCCUCGACGGUCGAGGGGGCACAGAGUCUCCACGCUGGCGCCAGGAGAGUAAAGAUGGGGACCGCAGCACCGACCAGCAGCACCCGGAGUCCAAAGACCCUCCCCCCAAGAGUUCCAGCAAGGCUCUCCGAGGGCCCACUGAAGGGCCCCAGCCCGGGAAGAGGAGCUGCCAGAAAUCCCCUGCUCAGCAGGAGCCCCCACCUCGGCAAACUAUCGGAACCAAACAACCCAGAAAACCUGCCAAGGGUUCUAACCAGGCAGAGCCCCAGGCCAACUUGCAGGUGGAGAGUGAACCUGGACCCUUUCCCUAUGGCUCAAAAGAGCAGACUUCCAAAGACAAACCCAAGGUGAAGACGAAAGGCAGGCCUCGUGCUGUGGGCAAUAGGGAGCCCAAGCCUGAGGCAGCCGUGCCCAAGCCGCAGGCAGCCGUCCCUAAGCCGCAGGCAGCCGUGCCCAAGCCGCAGGCAGCCGUGCCCACCCCCAACGAGAAGAGGAAGCACAAGAGUCCCCCGGCCCCCUCCAAGGCCCCCUCAGGCCCUCAGCCUCCAAAGGACAAUGGUGGGGACAGGAACCCUGAGCACUUUGCUCUUGUCUCCUUGUCUCAGAGCCAGGGUCCACCCCACAGCGGCAGCGGCGGCGUUAGGACUAGUGGUUGCCGACAGGCUGUGAUUGUCCAGGAGGACGGCCGCAAAGACAGACUCCUGUUACCCUUGGGAGACACCAAGUUGCUCUCGCCACUCAGGGACACUCCACCACCGACGAGCUUGGUGGUGAAGAUAACCCUCGACCUUCUCACUAGGAUUCCCCAGCCCCUGGGGAAGGGGGGUCGCCCUCGGAAAGCGGAAGACAAGCCGCUGGCAGCAGCGAAGAGGCAGGACUCCGAGAAGAGAUGCUGCGACACCUCCAGCCGAGUGACCAAGAAGAGAAAGGCUGACUCAGAAAAAGACCAUGAUAACAAGAAAAUCAGAUUGGAGAAAGAAGUCCAGCCACACUGUGCUUCUUCAUCUUCCCACCCCGAAUCUUCCAAAACAAAGACUCCCAGGCCCUCCUCAGAGUCCUCAAGAAAGGAAAUACUUCCUCCUCCACCUGUGCCAUGCUCCUCGUCCUCCUCCUCAUCCUCGUCCUCGUCCUCCUCCCAGAAGUCAACCAAAACUGCACACAAGAGGUCAAAGCCGGAUGCAGACACCUGUAGUCAGGACCCUCCCAAAAGUGCCAGCAGUACCAAGAACAACUCCAAGGACCCUUCCGUUCCCAAGCACAGAAAAGUGCAGGCCAGGGGCUCCGAAUACAAAGGGUCUUCUGGAGAAGCUGCAAACCCUUUCCCAGUGCCUUCUUUGCCAAAUGGUAACUGUAAACCAGGGAAGCCGCAAGUGAAGCCUGACAGACAGCAAGCUGAUUUUCACAUGAAGGAGGCUAAAAAGUUGAAGUGCAAAGCAGAAGCAAUGGCGGACAAGGCUGGAAAGGCCUUCAAGUAUUUGGAAGCUGUCCUGUCCUAUAUUGAGUGUGGGAUGGCCACAGAGUCAGAAAGCUCAGCCAAGUUGGCAUAUGCUGUGUACUCAGAAACUGUAGACCUCAUUAAGUUCACAAUGUCACUAAAAUCCUUCUCAGAUACCACGGCGCCAGCACAAGAAAAGAUAUUUGCUGUUUUAUGUUUGCGCUGCCAGUCCCUGUUAAACAUGGCAAUGUUUCGCUGCAAAAAAGACGUGGCAAUGAAGUAUUCUCGCACUCUGAGUGACCACUUCAAGAAUUCUUCCAAAGCGGCCCAGGCACCUUCUCCAUGCAUGGCAAGAAGCACAGGCGUUCCGUCCCCGCUCUCCCCAAUGCCUUCUCCUGCCAGCUCUGUAGGGUCCCAGUCAAGUGCUGGCAGCAUGGGGAGCAGUGGGGUGCCGGCCACCAUCAGCACCCCGGUCACCAUCCAGAACAUGACCUCCUCAUACGUCACCAUCACAUCCCACGUCCUUAAGGCCUUCGACCUUUGGGAACAGGCAGAGGCCCUUACAAAGAAGAACAAAGAAUUCUUUGCUCAGCUCAGCACAAAGGUUCGUGUCUUGGCCCUCAACAGCAGCCUGGUGGACCUGGUGUACUACACAAGACAGGGUCUGCAGCGGCUGAAACAAGCCCCCAAAGCUCCCUAAUGCAGGCUGGGCUUACCCGAUGCCUUGGAAUGUCUUUGCACAAUUGGAAGCCUGGAUCCAGUGUAGACGACUGUCUGAUCAGGAUGUCGACGGCACUCAAGAAGUGAAGCGCCGUGAGAUGGCCAGAACGCUUGCCCACUUAAGCUCACAAGCCUGUGUGGCCAUCAUUUGGACACUGGUUAGCAGAGCGGACAAUGGUAAAGGAUCUGCCUUUCCCAGUGGAAGGACAGAGGUGCAAUGGAGCCUAACUGGUGUAUGAAUGGUCGAGACACAUUUCUGGUUUUUAUUUUCUGUUUGUUUGGACAGUAGGAUACAAGUAGCAACUGAAAGGAAGAGAGGCAGGUUCCUGUCAUCUCAGUAGCCACACUAGUCCACUUCCAGAAGGAAUUUCUUUUUUUUAAUAAUAAUAAUUUUUGGUGAAGGGUUUUAU